AGUUCUCGCGAGUCACUAUUGAAGCAAGCUUUUCGGAUUAAUUACGCACUUUGAUCUCUUACGAUCACAAAGUUAACCAGAAAUGCUUGCUGAUGCUGACGACUUUUCGGAUAACUUGGAUAGCUCUUACGGAUAUGCUCCAACAAUCAAAAGGAAAAUGGAAAUCGAGGAGCAUGUGCAGGAUGUUGCAUCUGAAGACGUGAGCUAUGCUUGCUUUUCCGCAUGGAACGACAAGAAGAAGCGCAACAAGAAGAAGCGCAAACGUCCGGUACCUCACCCACUUCAACAGAGCUAUGCUUGCUUUUCCGCAUGGAACGACAAGAAGAAGCGCAACAAGAAGAAGCGCAAACGUCCGGUACCUCACCCACUUCAACAGGUGAGCGAUUCAGACGCUUCUCGCUUGUCAGCUCAGCUGCGCCGAGAACUGGAUUGCGAAUGGGUGUCAACAUCUUUACCAUCUUUAGCAGGCGCAUUUACAGGAGAUGCUCAUCUCGAUUUACUGCAUAUGAACGAUCUGCUCUGCAGUAUAAAUCUGCAGCUUCUUGUUAUGCAAAGGGAGAUACUUGAACAUGAAACCGCUGCACAGUUUCGCGAAUCUGGACAACCGAAAGCUUUCGGAUAUGAGGACGGCAGCAACAAAGAGCAGCUUCAUCGGCUGAUGUAUUCUCUCAGCAUCUCCUCGUCGAAGCUUUGUGAACGUAUCGAUGGCUUGAAUCGUGCGCUGCUUGGUUCGAAAAAUAAUGGUAGUAGUCUGCUUUCUCGUUUUAUGUUACCCGCAAGUAUUACAGUUUGCGUUCUUGGGUUUCUCUUUAUUCACACGCGAAAUGGUACAUCUUGAUCUUAAGUUGCCAUAUUUAAAAUCUCUACUUCAUAUAUCGCUGCGAAAUAUCUCUUGCUAAUACUUACCUUUUCACCAAUACUACCUAUCUACCCCAGUUUUAGAUCUAUUUAUCAAUCUCUCAAAUUACUCAAAAAAAAACUUGAAGCUAACGUUGGAGUAUACCGAGUUUUUUU